UCAAAGAAAUUUUCAUCAUAAUUUUUUUAUUCUGGCUAUUCUGAUGAUAAUAUUGUCGCAAUCAUCUUCUCCACAAAUUAUUCCACCAUUAAUGAAUCCAUUAAUGACAAAUAUUCGUCCAAUCAUUCCAAUUCCGUUUCCAUUUCGACCAAUCAUAUUUACACCAAUACCAUUUCAUCCAAUUGCUAAUCCAACAUUUAUGAAUGGUCCUACACAACCAUCUCCAUCACCAAUACCACCACCGGUAAGUGUUAUUGAUGAAGCAACACCAUUCAUCAAUUUUGUUCGACGUAAUUUUUGGUCAAGAAUGAGUAAUGAUCCAGUGUUUAUGAGAAAAUGGGAUGAUCGUCAAUUUAUGAGUGAUAAAUCAUUUAAUGAUAUUCAACGACAACCAUCUGAUCAUGAUUGGUAUCAAGAUAAUGUUGAAAAUAAUGAUAAUAACAACAAUAACAACAACAACAAUAAUAACAACAAUAAACGAAAUUCUAGAUCAGAAUUUCGAAAUCGUAAUUGGCAAUCGAAUGGUAGAUCCGAUCAGAAUUUUAAUCGAAUGAAAGAUGAUGAUGAAGAUGGUUAUGAUAGAGCUGCUGCUGCUGCACAAAUGUAUGAUCCAUUUGGUCCAGCAUGGGCUGAAUCAAUGAAUCAUAUGACUCCAAUGGGAUUAAUUCCAUGGCAUCAUCAUUAUCAUCAUCAUCAUCAACAACAACAACAAUUUCCUCAAAGACAAAUGUUUUCAAGUCCAGCAAAUAAUCCAAAUGGAUUUCAACCAUCACCAAUUUUAUCACCAUCAUUAUCAUCAUCAUCAUUUUCAAAUAUAAAUUCACCAUUAUUUCCAAAUCGUUUACCAAUACCGAUGCCAUUAUUUGAUGAUUAUGAUGAACCAUUUAAUAAUGAUAAUAUGAUUGGACAAGCAUCAGAAAUUGCUGAACAAAAUUUUAAUCGUAAUAAUAAAAAUGGAUCAAAUAAUAAUAUUAUAUAUGUGGUUAAUAUUGAUGGCCGUAAAGGUAAUAAAAAAAAUGUCCGUACAAUUCGUUUAGAUGAUUAUUUUGCUCGAAACAAUAACAAUAAUAAUAAUAAUAAUCAAAAUCAUUAUUAUCAUUAUCAACGACAACGACAAUCACGUUUUCCAUGGUUAGGAGGAAUGAAUAAUGGUAAAAAUCGUAUUGAUCGUAGUUUAUUAAUGAAUAAUAAU